CGGCAGACCGGAAGUGGUGACCGAAGCUUCCGGCCAGCUCACUCUCGUCGUUUUCACUGAGGGGGGCGGGGUGAAGAGAGGCGUCAGGUCUUUCGGGGCAAGAUGGUGCUCCUCACGAUGAUCGCGAGAGUCGCCGACGGGCUGCCUUUGGCGGCCUCCAUGCAGGAGGACGAGCAGUCUGGCCGAGACCUGCAGCAGUACCAGAGCCAAGCGAAACAGCUGUUCCGGAAGCUCAAUGAACAGUCUCCGACCAGGUGUACCUUAGAAGCAGGAGCCAUGACUUUCCAUUAUAUUAUUGAGAAAGGAGUGUGUUAUCUGGUAUUAUGUGAAGCUGCCUUCCCCAAAAAGCUAGCGUUUGCAUAUUUGGAAGACUUGCACUCAGAAUUUGAUGAACAGCAUGGAAAGAAAGUACCAACGGUGUCCAGGCCUUAUUCUUUCAUUGAGUUUGAUACUUACAUCCAGAAAACCAAGAAACUCUAUAUUGACAGUCGUGCAAGAAGAAACCUUGGCUCCAUCAACACAGAGUUGCAGGAUGUACAGAGAAUAAUGGUAGCAAACAUUGAAGAAGUAUUACAACGAGGCGAAGCACUUUCAGCUUUGGAUUCUAAAGCGAACAACCUUUCCAGUUUGUCCAAGAAGUACCGCCAGGAUGCGAAGUAUCUGAACAUGCGUUCCACCUAUGCCAAGCUUGCUGCUGUUGCUGUGUUUUUUAUCAUGCUGAUUGUCUAUGUUCGGUUCUGGUGGCUGUGAGUGGCUUCCAAACACCAACGAUGGUCAACUCGUUAAUAAGCAGGCAUAGAGUUGUACGAUGCCAAGAUUACAGGGAUGUACAUUAGAACCCCCCAUAGGGAUGUGUGUAUGAGAAUUGCUGCUAUUCUCAGUGAAUCUUAACUGCCAAAUGUCAGACCUUGCUAGCAACAAAGGACUUUCCUUUCCAAGUGUUGCACACUUCAAAGACAUGACAUUUGUCCGUCCCACUAGCAGCACUGAUGUUGUGGUCUGCACUGGCUGUUCGCCCAAUUUACUGCUGCCCAGCACUGCCGGUAGUAGGAACAUCCUGUCCCUGUAAAUAAACCCAGCCCUGUUUAGUAAAGGGACUCUAAUGAACAUUCCUUGUACUAGUGACCUUUUCUUAACAACAAGUCUGGGUCUUGCUACUUAAAAUCCCAGUUUAAAGGCUGACACUUUAUGAUACACAUGAGGGUGGGGUUUUUGUCGGGUUAGUGCCGAUUUUAUAUGGUGAGAGAUCUUGAUUAUUUACACCUUCAGAUAUGUUGGUCUGCAAUUGCCAGCAAGGCAAUGGUUGUGCUUCAUGGAUAUAGUCCAGUGCAUAUAGAGAGGGUGCUAGGAUAAUGAAAGCUGCAUUAUACCAUUAAUUUUGUAAGUAAGUAUGAUACUUCGCUUCCGAUUUCAUUCAAUACCAAGUGAAAUGUUGAAAUACUUGUCAUAGAAUUAAAUUACCAGUACAUAAUUCAGUUGCAUUUCAGAGAAAUCUAUGUUUUAAAAACCUCUAUUGGAUGUAACACCAAACUUAUCAAUGAUUACCUUUCAGCAGGCAUGGGCAAACUUCAGCCCUCCAAGUGUUUUGGACUUCAACUCCCACAAUUCCUAACAGCCUUUUAAUGGCUGUUAGGAAUUGUGGGAGUUGAAGUCCAAAACACCUGGAGAGCCAAAGUUUGCCCAUGCCUGCCUUUGAACAUUGUCCUAAGCAGUAAUUAAGAGUCUUGUGAGUGAACCGUUGUCAGCCUUAGCCUCAUGUGCUUCCCCUCUCACCACUUCUAUUCGUCGGCCAGGAAAAGAAGUUUGUAACCUUUUGCUUCCACCUUUAUUUAGUCACAAUUUGUCAUGUCAUCUGGAGUUGAUAAACGGUGGUUACUCUGAACUGUUAUUUUUAAGCAGUCUAACAUUGGAUUGUAGUUGAUGCAAACUGGACUUUUUGAGGAAGGGGUGAGCAACUGUCAGGGGGCUAGACUCUUGUUGUCAUCCCCUCCGGGCAACUUUGAGAGACUGCGUCUCCCUACCACAAUUUGUUUAAUGCGCCAAACUGCUCCCCUAGGCCUGUUUGCAGCUAGGGGCAUUUUGGGGCGAAAUGUUUUACAUUUUUCCCCAAAACCCUGGGGUACUGAGGAGCCUAUGGAUCAUGCCCCCCCCCCCCAAGGUUAAAUGAACCAAGGUGUAGAUUAACCACAAUUUGCUCAUCUGAAUAAUGAAGCAAGAUAUGCUUAAACAUGCUUGUGGAAAAACCUCUCUCAUUAUAUCUUACAGGGAGUUGGUAAGUGUCUCUUGUCUCAUCCAAAAAUAGUUAUGUCUUCUUUUACUUCCUGCAACCUAUAUGACAAUGUACUUCGCUUACAGAGAGAUUUGAAGAGCAGGCCUCUUCCUGAACAGUCUGUGCUUUCAAAAAAUUAAGCACAUUUUCAUCCUCUUUUGCUUCUAUAUAACAAGUUAAACAUUUUGGAAGAGAAACCACUGGAAGACGAAACUCUAGUACCCAUCUCUCUGGCAAAUUCUGCAGAUUCAAAAAGUUCCCAAAGGCACAUGCUUUUGCACAUGUUGUAAGGAGGGUAAUCAUGAAAUGUUUCCUCAUGAAUUAUUAGGAGGCAAUGUGCCUGAACUAGACUUCUAUUCCAGGGCUCUUGCGGCAAUCAAUCUGUCCCUGAUUUUUGCAUGCUGCUGACAACUUGCUUCUAAAUUCUUCCUGUGUCCCAGUUGAGUACGACUAAUAGAGAUCUGUGGGAGCCUUAAAAGGGAAACAAUAAUUUCUUGCUCUUGACAAGGCCAAAUAAAUUCUCAGCACUGAUUGAUACUCUUAGAGCUAGUUGUCUGUUCCUACCCAAGUGUCAGCAGUGAAAUAAACAUGUUAUAAGUGAA